UGAGCGCUGCUCUGCAAGCACAGGAUCAGAAAUCCACCAGGGUGUGCAAUGGACACUGAGCCAUUCAAGCCUUUUGUAAAGCGAGCUGCUUCCUGGUCACUUGAGCACAGCCAGAUUUUGGUGAAUCUGUGGUGUGAGGCCAGUAAAACUGUGGAUUUCAGCAAAAGCACCAGGAAUGACCACCUGUACCAGCAGAUAUCUAAAAAGCUGGCCGCUCUGCAGAUUUUUCGGACAAGUGACCAGUGCAGGGAGCGAAUUAAAAGGCUAAAGAGAGAAUACAGGAAGACCAGGGAUAAGAAUCGCUCAUCGGGCAACUCACCAAUGACAUGUCCAUUUUAUGAUGACUUUGACCGGGUCCUGAGCUCUGUGCCCAGCACAGAGCCAACCGUGCUUCAUGAUGACCUUGUGAGUGGGGAUGGUGCCCUGCUGGGGACUGAUUGCAGGCAGCAGCAGGUUCCCAGCCAGGAUCAUGAAGUGACUUUUUUAAUGCAACCAGUUCCAGAGCAGACGGUGGAUCAGGCUCAACAGCAAAUUCUCAGUCCCUACUCAGAAGAGCUGUUUGAUCCUCCUGCCUCUGAAGAACAGCCCGCUGCCAACAACCCGGUGGAGACAGAAGCGGCCCUAGAACCCACCGGACCGUCGAGCUACACGGCCUGCUGUUCUUCAGGGACUCCAUCCCUGGCCCAGCGUACCCUCGCAGACCGCUCCAAAAGAAAGCGUUUCCGUGACGAAGUCAUGGCCCAUGUUCUUCAGAGGGUAGAGCAGCAGGUGCACUACCAGAAGCAGAGGGAUGAAAGACUGGAACAACGGCGUGCUGAGAGGCAGGUGGAAAGGCUGAGGCUCGCCAUCCAGCUGGAGGCGAGCGUUUCAGCCAGGGAGCAGGCACUUGCAAAGCAGUUCCUGGAACAGGAACGGCAGCUAAGGGAGGAGGACAGAGCCCAACAGAGAGAACUGUUCCAGCAACUCCUGUCUCUAAUGGCUGCAAGAGCACAGGCCGCUGCUGCCUCUCCCGCACCACGGCAUGAUGCCCCAUCAACGUACCCUCAGCCCAGCAGUAGGUGGGGACUUUCCUUGGCUGGAACCAGCCCCGUAGGGCAGCUCCCGGCUCUGCUGACUUCAACCCCUGAGCCGGGGAGACCAGGUGAUGGAGUGAAACCUCAGUGAAAGUGCUGGGGACUGGACAGGCACAA